CCUGCUCCUGUGGCCGAGCCUGAGUCUGCACCAGAGCCCGAGCCUGAGCCUGCACUCGGGCCUGCACCCGAGCCUGCACCCGAGCCCGAGCCUGAGCCUGAGCCUGCACUCGAGCCUGAGCCUGCACUCGAUCCUGCACCCGAGCCUGCACCGAGCCCGAGCCUGGACUUACACCCGAACCCAAGGCCUUCGCAAGCCCUGAUCCCAAACCUCCUCCCUCCUCUCCGCCGCCCAAGCCCCGCGCUCCGCCGGCAAAGCCUCUGCCGCCUCUUGCGCCUCAGCCCCAGCCCGAGCCCGAGCCGGCCAAACGCCGCCGCCAGCUGCCCACGCUCCCGCCCGAUCUUCAAAAGAAGUCGCCUCUGCCGUCCUCGACAGACUCGUCGCCACGCGACACCAUCCGCAUGUCCAUGGCCAUCGUCGACUCGGCACCAACUUCUGCGAUCAUCGACGACUCGUUCUUCACUGUUGACUCGGCGCCGCAACGGAACCCGGUCGAGUUGCCGCUAACCGGCGAGCCGACCAAGCGCGACCGCCUCGUUUACGAGCUGUACACCACCGAGAUCACCUACUACAACUCGCUCGCGCUUCUUGUUCACGAGUACAUUCAGCCGCUGCGGGGCCUUGGCAUUAUCACCCGCGAGGAGCUCUCGGCGCUCUUUGGCUCUCUCGAGCUCAUUCACGACCUGCACGGCUCGCUCGUCGACGCGCUCGAGGUCGCCAUCACCAGCUACUCGCCGUCGGCCACCAUGGUCGGCUCUAUCUUCCUCGACAUCAUUCCUCUCUUCUCCGAGUACUAUCUGCCGUUCUGCGAGGUCUUUGGUGGUGCGCGUGAUGUGUGCGCACGACUUCGCGCCUCGAACGAGCAGUUUGCCUCGUACUUUCUCCAGCGCGUCCAGUCGCACGGCGGGCGCGACCUGUUUUUCUAUCUUAUCCAGCCCAUCCAGCGCCUACCGCGCUACGAGCUGCUCCUGGUCGAGAUCUCGUCCAAGACCAAGUCGAGCCACAAGGACGCCCACGCGCUCAGCACUGCCGCCAACGCCAUUGCCGAAGCCAACGCCAAAGUCAACGCUCUCCUCGCCGCCGCUCAGGACGCCGCGGGCUCGAAGCGCAAGAAGGCGAGCACGGCGUCCCAAGCCGGCUCGGCCGGCCUUGACAUGUACCUCUCCGAGCCCACCCGUCGCAUCAUCUGGGAGGCGCCGUGCAGCUUGCGUACGCCCGGCCGCUCGCUCUGGGGUGUCCUCUUCAACGACAUGUUUGUGGUCGGCGAGAAAGUGUCGGCCUCGGCCGCUCGCGCCGGCGCGCUCUUCACCGCAGAGCUGGAAACCUCGUUGGAAACAACCUGGGUCGAGGACUUGCACGACCUCGAUCCGUCGACCAUCAACAACGAUGCCUUUGAGGUCUACACUCCGUCGCGCUCCUACUUUCUCUACGCCGGCUCGUCAUCGGCCAAGCAUUCGUGGAUGCGGACGGUGGCCAAGACGAUCGAAGCCCACAUGGCGCGCGACAAGCUCGACGCACUCAUUGUGAGCGCACCCGGUGCCGACGCUGCAGAUGCCGCCGAUGCUGCUGACGUCGCCGACGGCUCGCUUCGUCGCGCCACCUACUACUACGACGACGGCUCGCUCUACGACGGCACGCUUCGCUAUGGUUCGCGCCACGGCCGUGGCCACAUUUUCUUCCCCUCCAAAGACCACUACGUCGGCUCGUUUGUUGAAGAUCAGCGCGAAGGCUCAGGCGUCUUCCGCUGGGCAUCGGGCGCCGUCUACGACGGCGAGUGGCGCGCCAACCAGCCGCACGGCACCGGUGUCUACACCUUUAAGGACAUCUCGUACUCGGGUGAGUGGCGCGCAGGCAUGCGCUCUGGCUCGGGCACCCUCGUCUACGGCUCCAUCACCUACACCGGCGAGUUCCGUGACGGUCUCCGCUCCGGCGUUGGCACACUCUCUUCGUCGGUCUCGCCGCUCCGCUACUCGGGCUCGUGGCUCCGUGACCAGCGGUCGGGCACAGGCUCAGCCGUCUUUGACGACGGCUCGACGUACGAGGGCGAGUGGCUGGCCGGCGAGCCGCACGGCUCCGGCACGCUUGUCACCUGCGGCGGUACAAGGACGUACAUCGGCGAGUUCCGCAACGGCAAGCCGUGGGGCAAUGGCGUUCUCUCGCACUCGUCGAGCCGCAAGCUUGCCUACGAUGGCGAGUGGGUGGCCGGCGCCUACCAUGGCUCGGGCACGCUUGUCAAUGACGACGGCUCGGUCUACACCGGUUCAUUCGAGCACGGUCUUCAGAGCGGCAGUGGGCGUCUCGUCACCCCCUGGGGCUACGAGUAUGACGGCGAGUGGCUCGCCGGCCGCCCGCACGGCACCGGCUCUGUGCUCUAUCCCGACGGCUCCACCUACUCUGGCGGCUGGAUCUCCGGCAAGCGCUCCGGCAAGGGCACCUGGGAGACACCCUGGGGCCACAAGUACGUUGGCCAGUGGGCUUCUGACGUUCGCGAGGGCCGCGGCCGCGAGAUCCUUCCCUCCGGUCGCCGCUACGACGGCUACUGGAAGGCCGAUGUCCGCGAUGGGUUUGGCGUCGAGGUCGGCGUCGAGAACGACGCAAAGUACUCGGGCAACUGGGAAGGCGGCCGGAGGUCGGGCGAGGGCACCAAGGCCUUCCUCUGGGGCACCUACUCAGGCAACUGGUCCAAAGGCGUCCGCGAGGGUGCCGGCAAGUCGGUCCUUGCCGGCGGCUUUGUCUAUGAGGGCACCUUUUUCCGCAAUCGCCGCGAGGGACGCGGCACCGCCACCGUGCCCACCCCCGACUCGGCCCUUGGCGAGUCGCAGAGCAUACCGGUCAUGUGCCACGCCGGCCGUGUUGUCGCUCCCGAGACCUUUGUUGCCGUUGAGCAUGACGUCGCCGACCUUGGCGAGUCGUAAACCCUACCCUACCCA